AUGUGUUUCGUUGCCUCGUGGCUGGUGCGCCCUCAGGACAAGACUACCGUUGAAGAAGCUGACCAGAGUCUUCCAGGCGUCCGCCGUCUGUAUAUCCCGCGCUCUACCAACCCCGACGUCGAGCGCGAGGCGCCUGCAAUUGCCGGCGCGCAGUACAUCGUCGCAGACGACUGGCCAUACAUUUUUGACGGCCUACUCGCGGAUGCCGUUUGGGCCUCUGGCGCCGGCGGCUCCCGGCGGUCCACCGCAGAGCACGGCGAGGGCCGCCCCGGCGCCAGCAGGGCGUAUGCAGAGAGCAACAGCAACAGGAAUAAGUGUGCCUUCUUUUUAUGGGCGCACUCGCCAUUGCUGCGGCCGACAAGGCUCGUGAAGGAGAAAGAAGCUGUCGACUGGAGUGAGCUGUGGUACUACGUAUUCCGCGAGAUUCAACGGCGCGGCGAGUUCGACAGCGUGAUCCUGUUAGCGCCUGACGCCCACAACCGAUACCACGGCGGCCAGCGGCGUCUGCGGUCUUACGCGGCCUGGCUGGCUCGGAAGACGCGCCUCGUGCUGUCGACGCUUCUCGAUAAUGGCGCAUCACGGGCCUCGUCAAGGCCCAAAGGCACCGCUGAGGCCAAGGAGGGCGCCCACAUGUGGGACGAUGACCUCGUGACCGGCCGCACACACCCGCGCAUGCACAUGCACCAAAGGCGACUGGCCGCGCGGGCACCCUCGAAAGGCCCCCGAGCCCCCAGGCUCGAGUUCAGCGUCACGCCUGAAAAGGAGCUAUCGACCACGAGUUGGCAGGGACGCGGCAAGCUCCACUCCGGCGCGGUGAGCGAGUCCCGACAAGAGGAGAAGAGGAACGCGGCCUGGAAGGAGGAGGGCGAGAAGACAGGAGAAGAGGAGUCGAUGCCUCAAGCCGCGGCGCCGACCGCAACGGAGUCGCAGUGGCUGGCACCACUGGCCAGGGGGAGUGGCCCGAAGUGCGACUCGAUCGACAUGUUUCUUCUUGGUAAGGGUCUCGGCGGCCUUGCGCUGCGGCUGAUGGCAGCGCCGAAUGAAGACAUCUGGACUCCGGACCCGUCCAGUGCUGAGGAGCAGGAAAUUUUACAACUUCACGCCCUGCUUCACCACUUGCUUCUGCCGCCGUCGACUGGUUCGCCGCCGACGCCGACGCCGACGCCAACUGUCCGCCUGCGGUCGGUCGUGACAGUCCAGUCCUUGAAUGCGGGUCUGGGUGCACGGGCGGAGAAAAAGAGAAACAUGUUUGUUGAGUUUUUGCUUCGGCGCCUUCGCGGCUUUGCGCGGUGGCUGCCGGUAGACAGUCUCAACCUGAUGUUGGGGGCGAGUUUUCUGAAGGUCGUCGUCCACGGGGACAAGGACCGACUUCUCUGCACUCUGGCGCAGCAGGAGAAGCAGACGUACUCCUACCAGCACCGCAUGGGCUCGCUGCUCUCGCUCGCAGACAGCGUAAUCUACUACGGGCAUCUGGGUGACAAAAAGUGGUUGCCGCCAGCGAGCCUCUUAGGCAUUUGGGAUCCAGUGCUUCUCGACUCAGUAGGCGUGGACGUGGUGUAUCACAACCAUCGCCACCACAACCACUAUCGCUUCAUCGACGUCGCGCGAUCGCCGAGUAAUGCGAAGCAAGCGCAGGACGGCAACGAUCGCAUGCGGGGGCCGAGCAAGCCCGACGACUCGCGGGUCGGUGCCGGCCUCGGAGCGUCCUCGCGGGCUGCUGUGCCAGGCGCGCCAGCCAAGAGGACGCGCUACUCCGCAGUGGUGCCGGGUGCCCUAGGCGCCACGCUCGAAGCUUCAAAGCGCCUACGCGGACCAGGAGGCAGCCGAAGCAGAGAGGGGUUCCCAGACACCUUCGACGAGAGAGGACGGCGUGGCUCGCUCUUCCAGUCCCUUUAUACUGAUGAUAUCGAAGCGCGCCCGACGGUUCCGCAGUUUGAAAAGAGCCUCCUCCUGUUUGACCGAAGCGUGUGCAAGGUUCUACCCCCGGAUAAACUGUAUGAGACGACGUUGCAGCUUCUGGAACUUAUCAACGAGCAUCAGCAACCUGCCCCAUUUGUGCCCCUCAGAUUCGGCCGAUCGACUGAGUAUAAGACGCUCUAUGUUGACGGAGAGAACAUGCAACGUCUGGGGUUCUUUUACUUCGGAAAAAAACGGACAAAUUUUGCCGUCAAUAAAUUUGGGCUACUGCACGCGGCUGUACGCAGUUUCCAGACGCGUGCUGUCAUCGAGGCGACGGAGUUCGACAACGACAAGUCCAUCCCUGCAGAGGCCUGGUUCAUCCCUGCGGAGCACAGAAAAGCGAAGGGGCCGUGGACAAGUUAA